AUGGAGACUUUGUGUAGUGCUUCGCUCGACCUAUUGUCGACUUUUCAAGCCGAUAAGUCUCACUCGUUUGGUCAUGAGCGAGUACAAGUAUCGUCGUGCUCCCCUGGCUGUCCCAUCGCAGAGUCCAUGACAGAAAUGAGAGCAGUCGAAAUCUACUUUGUCGUUGCGAGCAGCGUGGUGCUUGCCACCUUCUCCUUGCGACCACUUGCACGGAUCAUCCAAGCGCUGGCUAGAGCUUGGCAUUAUGGCACCCUACCUUACCUUGUAAAACGACAUCGUCUCUUGGGCCCGAUCACCUAUACUGAGACCCUUGCACUCAUGGUCUACCUGGCCGCAAGUACACUUGCAAUCCUGGUAGGCAGUAGUUCCACGAACGAUAUUAGCUCUCGGUCCGCGAUCCUCGCGAUUAGCAACUACCUCAUCUUGUUCCUUGGAGGGUCCUCAUCCAUUCUCAUAUACGCCCUUGGGAUAAGUUGGCUCCCAGUCUCGAAGAUACAUACUACGAUUGCCAUUGUCGUAGCUGUAAAAUGCAUGAUCCACAUAUUACUGGAGAUUCCGCAUGUCGUCAUAGAUACUCGCUGUAUUUGUGCUGAAAGACCUUUAGGCAGGCUCGUGCGAUUCACUCAUCAUGUGCUCGCUCUUGCAACACUCUGGUGCAUCUAUAUGCACGUCAAAACCAAUGGCAUUCGCAUCGCUCUGGUUGCAACUGGCUCUCUUUCUCUUGUUGGCAGCUUUGCAAAGGUUCUUCGCAUCGCGUACCGUAGCUACUUAUUCGGUACGGAAAGAGCUCAAAUCGAGGUUGUGCGUCGACAAAGUGAUGCCCGAGAAGAUGCCGUUCGAAUCCUUGUACCGUUGCGAAAGAAGUGGGAUUUCAGAGCAGGUCAAUAUGUGCGACUGUGCGUGCCGCAGGCGUCCAUUACUGCAUUGAUGCAGAUGCAUCCCUUCAUGGUGUAUUACUGGGCCAAACACACAAGGAAUGGAAGAGACAUCUGGUAUCUAGGACUCUUGAUCCAGCCGCGGAGGGGAUUCACAGCCAACCUAAUUCGUGCACGAAGCGCCGAGGUCACUGCCCUGAUUGACGGUCCAUAUGGCAAGCCAUAUAGGCAUUUACGCAACUACGGUACCAUAAUCCUGGUGGCUUCAGGAAUGGGCGUUGCUCCUUUGAUCCCGGUCAUUAGAGAAGCGCUUGAUUUCAUGCCUGGGGAGAGCUGUCUGCGCAAGGUACAUCUUCUGUGGGACGCGGAAGAGUAUUGUAGGUACUUGCUUUGCCCUGGUCCGAAAUAA